GGCUCGAGGGGCAGGCGGGCGGUCGCGAUGGCGACGGCGACGGCGAUGGCGGCGACCGCAGCGGAGCGGGCCGUGCUGGAGGAGGAGUUCCGCUGGCUGCUGCACGACGAGGUGCACGCCGUGCUGCGGCAGCUGCAGGACAUCCUCAAGGAGGCCUCUCUCCGUUUCACCCUGCCUGGCUCGGGCGCUCAGGGGCCAGCCAAGCAGGAAAACUUCAUCCUGGGCAGCUCUGGCACAGACCAGGUGAAGGGUGUGCUGACUCUGCAAGGGGAUGCCCUCAGCCAGGCGGACGUGAACCUCAAGAUGACGCGGAACAGCCAGCUGCUGCACUUCGCCUUCCGGGAGGACAAGCAGUGGAAGCUGCAGCAGAUCCAGGACGCCAGGAACCAUGUGAGCCAAGCCAUUUACCUCCUGGCCAACCGGGAGGAGAGCUACCAGUUCCAGACGGGAGCUGAGGUUCUCCAGCUCAUGGAUGCCGUGAUGCUGCAGCUGACCAGAGCCCGCAACCGGCUCACCACGCCGGCCACCCUCACCCUGUCUGAGAUUGCUGCCAGCGGCCUCACGCGGAUGUUCGCCCCCGCCCUGCCCUCCGACCUGCUGGUCAACGUCUACAUCAACCUCAACAAGCUCUGCCUCACCGUGUACCAGCUGCACGCCCUGCAGCCCAAUUCCACCAAGAACUUCCGCCCAUCCGGAGGCGCUGUGCUCCACAGCCCUGGGGCCAUGUUUGAGUGGGGCGCGCAGCGCCUGGAGGUCAGCCACGUGCACAAGGUGGAAUGCGUGAUCCCCUGGCUCAACGACGCCCUCGUCUACUUCACUGUCUCCCUGCAGCUCUGCCAGCAGCUCAAGGAUAAGAUCUCCGUGUUCUCCAGCUACUGGAGUUACAGACCCUUCUGAGCCGAGGACCCCAGGAGCCUGUCCCCACCCCCACCCUUCGGGGUGCCAGCCAGAGGUGGGCCCUGCAGGCCGCAUUUCUCUGCUUCACCCAUGCUGUCCAAAACACACAGAUAGGAGUGGACACGCAGCGCCGGGAGAAAGGGCCCUGAUCUGGUGGUAUGCUGGAGGGAGUCAGGAAGACCGGUCACGGGGUGGCCCACGUUCCAAGCCUGGCUGGCCUGGACACCUCGGGAACCUUUGGACUCAGGAUGGGGCCAGGCCCUGGACGCUCCUUCCUCUUCCUCUCCCUGUCGGUUGCGUCCGGUGGCCAGGUGAGGGGCGGGGAGGAGGGGCACCGACGGGGCGGUGGAAGCUCUCCCCGUGAGUGAGCUGUAGUACCCUUGGCUAUGUUUGUGCUGCGAUGAGACCUCUAGGAAAUACAGUUCAUCAGACAUUACCUGGAGCCCUGGUCUGUCUGUCCUGUCUGGGUGGGGACCAGGUGAGGGUCCCCAGUGGCCAGUGGCCAUCAGCUUCAAGAACUGGCAGCCCUCUUCCUAGAGCCCAGCUGCCCCACUCCCAGCACCACACCAAAGCUGGACAUGGAACCCACCUUAGAGAGGGGCCUCCAAGGCCGAGAGGGACAGGGAUGAGAGCUCGGCCUGAAGUUCGUGCCCAGACAGCCAGUUUCCCUGCCGUUAGCUGGGUGACGUGGAAUGGCAGGGCACAGCCCCCAGCUGAGGCUUAGAGGACACCGGGAGGAGGGGCUUCAUCUCAGUAGGACAGGAGUCCCCACCCAGUGAGGCUUGGAACACAGUCAAGAAUCAGGCUCUGGGCAAACACAAGGCAUUGUUACUGUCACCUGGGGCACACGGGGGCUGGCUGCGGUGUUAGGGCUCCAGGGCCAAGUUGUCCACUCCCUUAGGGCCUUCCUGCAAGAGAGGGGCCCAGCAGGGUUCAUGUUUGGGUUCCACCAGCCUCCCUAGGGCUGCACGCUCCCCUGCCCUCCUCCUCCAUCCCCCCCCCACCC